AUGCACCCACUCCGCGUAAAGCCCGAGCGCCUGGUGACAGAAUCCGACACGUCGGAUAAUAAAUGGAUCAUCUUUAGAGAUGCAUGGUCCCGUUACAAACAAAUAAUCCAGCUCACCGACCCAACAAAGACCCGAAACGAACUACGAUCCGCCUGCAAUUCGUCCGUCAAUGAAAUGCUUUUCAAUUUCGUUGGUCCCAAUGCCCUUAAUAAUGCCACAGAGGAACAACUGCCGGAAUCGGUUGCCUGUAUUCUCUCUCUCUCUCUCUCUCUAUCUAUCUAUCUAUCUAUCUAUCUAUCUCUCUCUCUCCGGACGAAACUUUGCCCUGCGCGCUCUCAAAAUCUUAUCGGACCCGGAUAUUUAUUCUUGUUAAUUUUUUCUUUGUACCUCUCUCUCUUAAUCUCUCUCUCUCUCUCUCUCUCUCUCUCUCUCUCUAAUUCUAUUGUUCAAACAAAUCGAAAAGUAUUGAAAACGAUAAAGGAAGAUAAUUCAACAAAAUUGUAUACAAUGAAAGGAUCUGUGUUCAUUUUUGUUCAGUUCAAAUUGAAUCUCUUGUUUGUUCCAGUUGAUAACUGCCAUUUUGGUGGCCAUUGCCCUGCUGGUUUAUUAUGGCACCAACAAGUUACAAAAUGUUGCCAACCAAUCACACAUUGUGAAGCAGGUCACCAAGUAAAACCAUGUAUGAAGUCUGGUGAACAAGAUUACUGUGAAUCUUGUCCCAAGGGACAAACAAAUUCUUUCAACACAAGUUCCUUUGAUAUGAAAGCAUGUAAGCCAGAUACAUGUUCAUCAGAUACAACACCUGACAAGAAUGGCAAAUGUGUAUGUAACCUACUAAAAGGUUAUACUGGUAAUGAUUCCAGGUUUUGUCUUAAUGAAGGAAAACACUGUCUAGAAGGAACAGAGUUGCAGCUGAGUGGAGAUUGUAAACCAUGUGCCUUUCAAUAUUAUAAAGACUGGGAAGGUUAUGGCUUCUGCAAAAAACAAAUUAACUGUAAUGAUCUUCAUUUGGAAUACAAAGUUCGUGGUAACUCCAAAACAGCAGCUAUAUGCAAAAAGCAACAAGCAAAUUAUUUUGAUGAACAGAAACAACGAAAUCAAAGUAACACUUUUGGUUUUCAAUAUCUGUCAAUAAAUAUUACUGAGAGCCCUGUGCUGCAAACCAUUACAGAACAUACCUUAAAAUCAGUGCACAUUAAAAAGGAUCUUUUUCCUAAGGAAAAUCUAUCAACUCGUGAUUUACAAAUCAUUCUUGUUAUUCUGGUAUACUUGAUUACCAUCAAAAAGCCAACAUCAAAACAAGUAAAGCCCUCCGCUACAUUGAAAACAAGCAUCUCAGAAUUUGGUUGGCGUAAUAAUAGGAAUCACAGACCUCUACCUAUUUUACCAAGACAAAGAACAUACUCUGCACCAGAGGCCGAUCAGUAUAUUCCAAUGAAUGCUUCAAGUCACUCAUCUUGCAGCAAAACAAAUACACAUGAAAAUAUUAUGGCUUUCAAACAGCAAGAUAUCAAAGGUGACUGGAUGUGUCAUGGAGAAGAUCCAUACAACAUCUCUUCUCCACAAAAUGAAUCAACAUAUGUCAAAAUUGAACCAUUGUCUUUGAACUGUUAG